GUUAAAAUCAAAAUAUGAAAGGAUACAAUUGAAGCAAGAUGUUUCAUAACUGAUCACUUUCAUCUUUUUCAAAUUUCAUGUUUUGAGCUUUCUCAUGGGUGCCUCCAUUAGUUUUCUAUGUAUAGACUGGCAAGUUCCAUUCAUUGUAUAGUAUGAGAAAUUGAAACCUUUUGUCAUUUUAUGCCACAUUUUACAAGUUUACAUGGUAUAUAAUGAAGUACUGUAUAAUUUUUAGGGUGGGGAGGAUAUAUGCCCUCCCAGUUCAAAUGGAUUAGAUGUCUGGCACCCUCAAUGACAACCAACGAGUUAAUUAAGUGUAUGUGUCAGUUUUUAGUGAAAACUACUGAAAACAAGUCCCACAGACCCAAAAACCAUACGACAAUAGCAAAAUGUGAAACAAAAUACCACCACAUCAAAAUGUUCGAGGAUCAAUUGGACGACUUCCAGGAGACCCUGGAUGCACUUGUUGCCAUUAGUGGCUAUCAACUUGAGAAGCUGAAUCGAGUGAGCAGCUCACAUGAAUCUUUCUUUGAUCGACAUGAGAAGACCAGAGAGACUGUGACACAGAUUUUAAAAGAUAUGGCUGAGCAAGAAGAGUGUCUGGCAAAGAAUCUUGUUGACCUGGAGGCAAAAAAGAAUCUGAAUGAACUGGAGAGCCUGCAAGAGGAGCUGACGCAGUGCAAGAUCAAGAAUGAGACGUUGGACUCAGAAUUAGAGCUUCUGCAGCGCGAGUUGGACAAACUGAGGAAACAGGAGGACGAGCUCACAGCAAUGGAGACUGAGAUGGAAGAAGAUACCACUGAGGUCAUCCCGUCUACAUUACACGUUGUGAAGCUGUACCAAUUAAUAACCAAGAUCAAGUGGGAUGUUGAUACAGACGCACCAAUCCUUAAAGGAGUGCAUUAUGGACAAGAUCUGGUAACUCCCAUCAACAUCGACACCACUGGAAAAACUCGUCGUGAGAUAGCUGAAGAGUUGUGGAGCUUAGUGAGCACAGAAUGGGGGAAAAAAUAAUGCUUUUGUGCAACUUUGUCUAUUAGCAGUGUGUGUCCAUGUAUAAAAGCAGUUGUAUGAUUUUGUAUUUGUAUUGUUUUUAUGUAUGUGUUUGAUCUUUAUUUUGUAUAGCUACUUAUUGUUGUUGAUUAAA